AUGUCUGACGCCGGCCGCAAGGAUUUCUCUACCAAGGCUAAGGAGGAGAUCACUCCUGACUCCACCAAGUCCACCCAGCAGAAGGUCAAGGAGGGCUUCACCGACACCACUGACCGUGUCGCUCGCGGCUUCCAGACCGACGACAGCAAGAGCGCUCCUCAGGGGGCCUUCGACAAGACCCAGCGUGCCCACGACAAUGAGGCUCACGGCGGUGCCACCGGUUCCAUCGGCGACAAGGUCAAGGGUGCCCUCGGCAUGAACAACUAA